AUGGCCAAUCAAACUUUGGAGAUGCCUGAAUCGCUCAACUCCACCAAUUUGGCCGAACUUGACUCCUGCUCGACGCUGAGGAACCGUACAUUUCAAUUACAAGUUUUCCUCUACACCUUUCUCUCACUGGUCAUCAUCUGCACCGUGGUGGGCAACUCCCUGGUCGUCUUAUCCAUUGCCUAUUUCAAGAGACUCCAGUCACCUACCAACUUUUUUGUAUUGUCGCUGGCCGUGGCUGACUGUCUGGUUGGACUGGUCGUGAUGCCGUACAGUAUGGUGCGAACGAUUGAGGGAUGUUGGAUAUUUGGUGCAGUUUUUUGCCAAAUCCACUCCAGCUUAGACGUGAUGCUCUGUACCGCGUCGAUCUUCCAUUUGAGCUGCAUUGCGUUCGACCGCUACUAUGCCGUGUGCAAUCCGUUGUGUUACUCCCUGAAAAUGUCCAACAACCGCGUCCUUUUUCUCAUCGUGAUAUGCUGGGUUAUCUCUUUACUUAUUUCAUUUGGCCCGGUCAUGCUCGAGUUACAUGUUGCAAGUACCGAUGUCCAAAUACCAAAAGAUAGUUGCGUUUUCAUGGUUAAUCAAAUCUACGCCGUGCUAGCUUCCGUUGUCUCCUUUUACCUGCCCAUGCUAACGAUGCUGCUCGCUUACUGGAAGAUCUACAAGGUGGCCAGGAGACAAGCGAGACAGAUCAGUGCAAUGGAAGGCCAGAUGGGGAAAGAUACCAGCAAGAAGCAAAGACAUCGAAAUGCAAUGAAAAGGGAAGGUAAAGCUGCCAAAAUACUAGGGAUUGUAAUGGGAGUUUUUCUGCUUUUUUGGAUGCCAUUUUUUACCAUCAAUGUUGUGGACCCAUUCAUAGGAUACAGGACAGAGGCAGUGGUGUGGGAUGUGUUCCUGUGGUUGGGCUAUCUUAACUCCUCGCUCAACCCACUCUUGUAUGGCUUUUUCAAUCGCUCGUUUCGUAGAGCCUUUCUCAUGUUCAUAGGAUGCAGAGUUUGUCUUCAUCAGCCUCUGUCGUGGGUGGAGCUGUCGCAGACAAGGAGAGAUUUGCCAAAUGAGCGACGGAAUUAA